ACGACUCUCUCUCUCUCUCUCUCUUCGUGUCUCUGUGUUUCUCCUCGGUUUCGUUGGUGUACUGUCCUAAUUGGAAUAGCUGAUGGGAAGGAGUUCCAUCUCCAACAGCUAGCCUUCGCAAGAUCGAUAGGCAAGGACAAAGCGAAAGAGUGGGAAGAUCUUUGUUGGGAGCUGGAUUCGAGAGAGGAAUGGGGAGGACUCCUUGCUGUGACAAGGCUAAUGUGAAGAAGGGCCCUUGGUCUCCGGAGGAGGACACAAAGCUGAAGGAGUUCAUAGGGAAGCAUGGGACCGGCGGAAAUUGGAUUGCUCUCCCUCAAAAGGCUGGGCUGAAUCGAUGUGGGAAGAGCUGCAGGCUGAGAUGGCUCAACUACCUGAGACCCAACAUAAAGCAUGGAGAGUUCUCGGAAGAGGAGGAGAGGAUAAUAUGCAACCUCUUUGCCAACAUUGGAAGCAGGUGGUCUAUCAUAGCUUCCCAUCUUCCAGGCAGGACCGAUAACGAUAUCAAGAACUAUUGGAACACCAAGCUCAAGAAGAAAUUCCUAGGUAUUGUUCCUUCCCAGAAGAAACAACAGCAUCAACUGCAACUGCAACAGCAGCAGCAACACCACAACCUCUUCUCGUCACUCUUCUCCUUGUCCCAAGGUGGCUGCAACACCACCGCCCCGGAUCUAGAACUCGUCGCGGGUCUCGGAGAAUUCCCUUCACUGAUCUCUCAGAGAAUCCCGGGUUUUGCCUCCACCUCCACCUCCGCCACCGCCGCUUCUGCUCUCUUACAAGUUCCAUAUCGUCAGCCCCUGCAGAUGAUGGAGAGGAGUCAUACUACUAUGAUAGCUUUUGGUAAUUCUGAUCCCAGCUGCAACUCCUCUGGUGGCAGCUGCACUCAGAUCAGCUACGGGACGGAGUUGGAGUACGACUGUGACGUCGGUAGAGGCUUUGAAGGAGAGCAGAUUAGCAUCGACAACUACGCGACGUAUGGCGGUCUUGAGUACAACAGCAGAUCGUUACGGCCGGGAGGAGGAGGCCAUGUAGAAACUCCAUUGGAUUACACCUAUGAGGAGAUCAAGCACUUGUUGAGCUCCAAUAGUUCUGGGUGCAACACCAUCAACAACUACAACCCUUCUCUACCUUAACGAGGCAAGCCAUGUUCAUCUUCAUCUUCAUCUUCCGAGCAUUAUAUUACUGACUGUAGCCGGUGUCUGAUGAGGAGGUUCACAGUCGUACUCGCUGGUCAAGACAAGGUUUUGGGUUUUCUUGAACAUGUUCUUGUAAUUAAUUAGAUGCUUCUUGUGUGUGUGGUGCCGACCAUCGCUCUCUGCCUGCUCUCGGUAAUAUAAAUGCCUUGUCGUCUCA